AGAGAGAGAAAGAGAGAGGGAGAGUGUGUGAGUUGUGGGACGAAGUUAUAACGGAAGACACGCCUGAUGCAUUAACGCUUUUCUCCUUUUAUUUUAACAACCGAACCAAAAAUCAACAGAUUUCACUCGUUUAACUCUGUUUUGGAUAAUAAUAAUUACAAGAACAGCAAUAAUAAUCAUUUAUAAAUAUUUGGAAGAGAAAAGAACAGACAUUCACACAUUCACUUCGAAAAAAAAAAAAAAUGAAAUGAUCAACCGGGUUGCCAAUGGUGCAGUGUGAAUCCUCUUCUGUCUGUCUCAGCAGGACUUUUUACCAUUAUUUACCUUCAAGGCCUUCUCUUCAUCUUCCAAAGACACACCUUUCUUUCUGUGAUUAGGGCUGAAUGCCCAACCACUUCCCCCCAAUUUUCUUUUUUUUUUUUUCAUUAUUUCCUAACGAAUGUCGUUUCUCGAUAUUGAACUUCCCAUCUCAUUGUCUUUCUUAUUGACUUUAAAAAAAUUAAACUGAAACAGCUUUGUAAAUCCCUUGAUAUGGCGAGUCCAACAAAGAACAAUAACCCUCAUGGACCACGGCAGAUUGACCUCGAUCAAAUCUGGGAUGACCUCAAGAAAGGUAUUGACCAGAUUUACAGACAGGAGAGCAUGGCUAAGGGCAGAUACAUGCAGCUGUAUACCUAUGUUUACAACUAUUGUACUAGUGUACAACCAACAAAUACAGCCCAAGGUCAACAACCUCGGGUACCUGCUGGUAAAAAGGGCAAACAGCCCACUUGUGGUGCCCAGUUUGUUGGCCUUGAACUUUAUAAAAGACUGAAAGAGUACUUAAAAAGUUACUUGGUAAAAUUACUGAAGGAUAGUACAUCUCUUCUUGAAGAAAAUGUUUUACGAUUUUAUACCAAACAGUGGGAAGAUUAUCAAUUUUCUAGUAAAGUUCUCAAUGGUGUGUGUGCAUAUCUAAAUAGACAUUGGGUACGACGAGAGUGUGAUGAGGGAACAAAAGGCAUCUAUGAAAUUUACUCAUUAGCUUUGAUCACUUGGCGGGACAAUUUAUUUCGCCCUCUGAAUAAGCAGGUAACUGACGCUGUUCUUAAACUAAUAAAACAAGAACGGCAAGGGGAGACAAUCAAUACUGGUUUGAUUAGUGGAGUUAUUAAUUGUUAUGUUGCUCUUGGUCUAAGUGAAGAAGAUUCCUCAAUUAAGGGACCAGCUCUAGAUGUAUAUAAAGAAAACUUUGAAACACCUUUCAUAGAAGACACUAAAGAAUUUUAUACAAGAGAAAGUAAAACGUUCUUGGAGCAGAAUCCUAUAACUGAAUAUAUGAAGAAGGCUGAGACCAGACUUACAGAAGAACAUAACCGUGUUCAACUUUAUCUUCAUUUAACUACACUAAAUGCUUUAUCAUAUAUGUGUGAGAAAACAUUGAUAGAAAAUCACAUUGACCUCUUUCACAUUGAGUUCCAAAAUUUGUUAAAGGAUGACAAGAAUGAAGAUUUAAGACGAAUGUAUCAGUUGGUAUCCCGAAUAAAGGAUGGCCUAGGAGAAUUACGUAUUUUUUUAAAGAAUCAUAUCUACAACCAAGGUCUUGCUGCAAUUGAGAAAUGUGGAGAAAUGGCUGUGAAUGACCCCAAGACCUAUGUACAGACUAUUCUUAAUGUUCAUGUAAAAUACAACAAGUUAGUUAGUGAGGCUUUCAACAAUGACUCUGGCUUUGUUGCUGCUCUAGAUAAGGCUUGUGGUAAAUUCAUUAAUGAUAAUUACGUUACGAAGAAAGAAAAUUCCAAGAAAUCCCCUGAACUUUUGGCCAGAUACUGUGAUCUUCUACUGAAGAAAAGUUCCAAGAAUCCUGAAGAAGAAGAAUUGGAAGAUAUUUUAAAUCAGGUGAUGAUAGUUUUCAAAUAUAUUGAAGACAAAGAUGUCUUUCAGAAAUUCUACAGUAAAAAGUUGGCCAAAAGACUAGUUCUGCACACAUCAGCUAGCGAUGAUGCUGAAGCAAGCAUGAUAUCGAAACUGAAGCAAGCCUGUGGCUUUGAAUACACCUCAAAACUCCAGCGAAUGUUUCAGGAUAUUGGGGUUAGCAAAGAUCUUAAUGAAAGAUUCAAGAAAUAUCUGCAAGCAUCUUCACAACCAUUAGACAUUGAUUUCAGUAUACAAGUUUUAACAUCUGGUUCGUGGCCUAUUCAACAAGCUGGAUCUUUUAAUCUUCCUAUGGAGUUAGAAAAGACGUUCCAAAGAUUCACAUCUUUCUAUAGUGGUCAGUACAGUGGUCGCAAAUUAAACUGGGUCUAUCACAUGUCCAAAGGUGAUUUGACUGCUAAUUUAAAAAAGAAGUACAUUCUCCAGGCUUCAACUUAUCAGAUGGCUGUUCUUCUACAAUAUAACUCAGUGGAUACACUUGAUGUACAACAAUUACAAGAAAGUACCCAAAUUGAUAUGGAUACACUUCUUCAAGUAUUAAAGAUUCUGCUGAAAACCAAACUGCUCACCACAGACAUUGAUGAUGAGAAUGAUCUUCCGCCAACUGCCCAAUUAAGCAUAUAUUCAAAUUAUAACAAUAAAAAGUUCCGAGUCAAUAUCAACAUCCCAAUGAAAACUGAAGAAAAAGUUGAGCAUGAAGUAACUCAUAAAAACAUUGAAGAGGACCGAAAACUUCACAUUCAGGCUGCUAUUGUUAGAAUUAUGAAGAUGAGAAAAGAGUUAAAACAUCAAAACCUUUUACAAGAAGUUUGUACUCAAGUGUCAUCACAUUUUAAACCCAAAGUUCCUCUUAUCAAGAAAUGCAUCGAUAAUCUUAUUGAGAAAGAAUAUUUGGAGAGAGUCGAUGGCCAAAAAGAUGUCUACAGUUACCUAGCCUAGUUCCUGUGUCUGAUUGCAGAUGAAGUUUUUAAUUUAGCCAGUUAAUAAUAAUAACAACACUAAUUUAUUGCUGGAUCUUUGCUGUCAUCGGCUUUACUAGCAGGAAGGAGAAGAGCAAAAAAGAAACUGACUCCAGUUCUGUUUUUUGUGUCUGAAAAGCAGUGUCAUUUUCUUCAAGUUGUGCAGACCAGCAUUGCAACAAACAAGAGCAUUGGUUGGUUGGUUGGUUUGUUGAUUGGCUGGUUGUUCCAGCAAUGGAGUUGAGCAUUCUACAAUACUGCUCCUGUCCUCUCUCUUCACUUCCCGUUGUUGUUUAGAAAAAAAUGUUUUCCUGAAAACAAACUUGUAAAAAUUAUCAAUGGAUUAAUUUAUAUUGCUUUCUCAUUCCUUGAAACGAGGAAGAUGUAGCUGGUAUUUUUUUAUUAUUUUUAAUUAUUUUUUUUUUUCUAUUCUCCAUGCGCUCUCGUACAAUGGAAAACAUUCCUGUAUUUGCUGAACUGUGCUUUUCUUGAAUGGAAACAUUCCCACCUUUGCUGAAAUUUCUUCUAUUCUUCUCACUGUUCAUUUGUGAGAAAUGUUUGGUCUCUUUCCCUGGCUCCACAGAUCUUAUAUAGUCCACUCACUGUCUUGGACUGUCUUGGGUACUAUUUUCCUCUCUUGAUCUUUUUUAUAUAAUUAGAACCCAGCCAGUUCAAUACCCAAUUACGAACAAAAGAAAAUAAACCAAGAAAAAAAAUACAUCCAAAAAACAAAGCAAACAGACAAAAAAUAAAAUAAAUAUAAGCAAAGCUAUUUCCUUCUCUCAAUCUGUUUAUUGCUAUUCUUUUUAAUGCGUUGCAAUUCUCUUGGGAGAUUGUUCCAUAUUCCUAGGUGGGUAUUGGUUUUUUUUUGAGAACUCCUUUCUCUCUGUGUCAUUCUGUUCAUUUCUUCACCCCUCUCCCUCUUUGCUUCUCUCUCUUUACUCUUAUCCCACACUAUCUCUUGGUUGAUAGAACAUAAGAAAUUAAGAAAUUUUACGGUACCUAAUAUCAACAAUAUGAUGUGAUGAACAGUGGCCUUGUCCCAUGUGGAUUGAUCUUUUCUUUUGUGGUUUUUCUUUGAUAGAACUUCUUUAAAACUGGUUUCUGAAGGCAAAUUUUUGCUUAACAUACAUGUCGAUUUCUUCAAGCCAAAGUUGUAUUACAUAACAACACCAGGAUAUCUUAUGCUCUUGUACCAAAAUCUCAAAACGAUAUUCACAGUGUUAACAAUCAAAUCAAAUCAUUAAUUGAAGAAUGCCUUGACAAAAGAAUUAAUUUUUUCUUUCCUAACAUUGUUUGAAGACGUGGUAAACUUUUAAUUUCAAGGGGUUGCGGAAUAAAAAUAAAAAGACCCCCUCCAAAAAUUUAUGAAAGUUAGCUCAGAAAUGGUUGGCUUGUUUUUCAAAAGUUGCAAUAAAACACAAAACAGUUUCUCUUUGAGGAUUUCCUUAAAAGUAAGAAUGUAAAUAAAAUUUUAGCAAAAAAUAAAAACCUCCAAAAAAGCAAAAAUUACUCUU